AGUAACAACAUCGUUAAAGGGAAUCGUAAAAGCGAUAACCUAUAAUUGCUGCACAUAUUUUCGACGAUGUUGCAGUUGAUACGAAAGUAAGUGUGACAAACUUUUGCGAAAACAAUAAAAAAACAGUGGUUAUAAAUAUGUAUCAUACAACCCACUUUAAUUUUGAGUUCUUUUUUUAAAUAAUUAAUUACUCUAAAUGACAUUGACGAAUUUUUACGAAUGUAAAAUGAGAUAGUAACUGUUUAUUUAAAUAUGUGUUUUAAGUUGUAAAAUGGACUGGAAAAAUGAGUUCGCAACGCUUCAUCGGUUUUACUAUUACAAUGCUAAUUUGUUUUGCGAAUUAUACCGUUUUGGUGAGAGUUUGCAAAAACAAUCUGGAUUAUUAUAUUAUUGGUGAUAAAGAAUGUUAUGACAAUCCGGAUACUAAUCUUAAUGUGACAGAAAUUCUUCGUUAUCGUUGGAACUGUACAGCGGAAGAAUAUAACAUAACUACUGAUGACGGAUAUCAGAUUCUUGUAAUUAGAGCAUACCAAAAUAUAUCUAAUCCUAUUCCGAUUAUACUGGGCCAUGGGAUUAUAAUGAACACUUUAGGAUUUUUGUCACUUUAUACGCAUUCCUUGGCAUACCACAUAAUUAAAUCUGGCAGGCAAAUUUUCUUUGUUAAUUACAGAGGAACAAGAUAUAGCCUCGGCCACACUGGGAACAUUACAGAACAUGAUUAUGACUAUUGGAAAUUCAGCUUUCACGAAAUGGCAAUAUAUGACACACCCAAAAUAUUGGAACUGGUGAAAAAUAUGACAAAUCGAAAAUCAAUCAUGAUUAGUUAUUCACUUAGCUCAACCGCAACACUGGCAUAUGCCACACUUUAUCCUGAAGAUACCUCGAGUAAACUGAUAGGAAUAAUAACCAUGGGUACGGCUGUAUUUUUCCAAAACAGUACGUCUAGUUUAAAGUUCUUCGCGAAGAUAUCUUCCACUCUUGCAUUUGGGCUGAAAUUAAUUUAUAAUGGAAAACUCUUCCCGAGGGAUGAAAUGAUGCCAGUACUGAAAUUCGCUGCUCAAGGACCAUUGCAGUAUUUGACAUUGAUGGCUGGUUUUAGCGCAAUAGUAGGUACAGAUCCAGCAUCAAUAGCACCAGAAUAUUUUCCAGUGGUUGUUAUAAAUACACCCGAUUGCUUAGGACAAAAUGUAGCGCUUCAUUAUGCACAGGUAUUUAAUACUGGAAAGUUCCGACAGUUUGACUACGGAUCUGCAGAAAAUACUGUAAAAUAUGGUGCUGCUGAACCCCCAGAAUAUGAUCUGUCCAAAAUUUCUGUUCCAGUUGCACAAAUUCUAGGAAAAGGGGAUAUUCUAACUACAGUUGAGGAUGCGUUAACAGUGGCCAGUCAACUAAAUUCAAAAAUAAAUUGUGGAGUGACUGUCUUAAAAUAUGAGAAGUGGACACACGAUGACUUUGUUGAUAGUAAAUUUCAAGAGAAAUACUUAGUCCCCGAAGUAUUAAAACAUAUUGAAUCUAUGGAAUCGGGUAGAUGUUAAUGUUUUGUUUAUUAGAUAAUAUAUUUUUUAAAUUAUCAAUUUAAGUUUAAAUAAUUAUAUAAC